GAAGCGGCUGACAGAGUUUCCGCAUUUAGGUCGCCAAACUACAGCUCUACCAUGGCAACCACGCAAGUUUUUGUCCUCUUCAUUGUCCUGUGUGUAACUUUAGCGAAAGAUGUUAAAUUAAAGUCCAAACCAGCCACUACGCCUGUACGGUUAUUCACUGAGGAGGAGCUGAAGAGAUACGACGGCAGCGAGGAGGCACAACCUAUUUAUAUGGCAGUUAAAGGGGUGGUGUUCGAUGUCACCAACGGAAAAGAGUUUUAUGGUAAAGAUGCUCCGUACAACGCCCUGGCUGGUAAGGACUCCACUCGAGCUGUGGCUAAGAUGUCCCUGGACUCAGCAGACCUGACAUCAGAUACUACGGGCCUGACUGAAGAGCAGCUGACGUCUCUGGAUAGUGUAUUUGAAGGCACAUACAAAGCAAAGUAUCCCAUCGUGGGUUACACAGCGUCGCGCAUCCUCAACGAGGACGGAAGUCCCAACGAAGACUUCAAACCGGAGGACCAGCCGCACUUCCGGAUCAAAGAUGAGUUUUAAAUCUCAUUUCCUCUGUACAAUUAUAAUUAUUUCAGGAAGGAGUUUUGUUUUGUUAUCUCUUUGAAUAUUUUCUCUUUACUUGAUCAGAAUCAGAAUCAAAUAAAUGUAAUAAAGGUACAAGAGGAGAAGAAAAUACAUAUGACUGAACUGAAGCUGUGGGAGCUUUAAUGUACACAGCCCCUAAGAAACCAUUUCAAUACAUGUUAUAUCUUUUUUAAGGACAUAAAUAUAAAUAUAUUUAAUAUUAAAUUAUUCAGUUGUUAUCUAUUGACCUUUCAAAAACAGAGUGGGAUGACAGAUGUUUUAUUUUUUUACCUUCAUAAAGCUGCAGUUUUAUGAUGCUGUUCUACAUUUGUCAGAAAUGAAGUUAAAGCAUAAACACAGUAUUUGAUAUAUUUCAUAGAGAAAGACAUGGAAGAAGUUAAAUGUGAUAUCUUGUCAUUGUGUGCUUAAAAACUGUGAAUCUGCAGCUCUGUGAAUGUUUACAUGAUCAGAAUCAGUCCGUGUUAUUUAAACCUGAUUUUUGUUUUUCUACAAUUAUCAUUAAAGUCUGUAAAUCAA